AUGCUUGGUCAUGCUACUGCAGACAUCGUUUCUCGAUCGAUUAUUGAUUCAUUAAAAUCGGAUGGAGUUGAUAUUACAAAAAUAUUGAUGCUCGGUAUGUCAUACUUUUCUCCUUUUGCUCGUAUCAUAUGUUUUAUUCGCAUAGGGAGAGAUAAUCCAAAUGUAAAUAAAGCAAUUGAAGAUAUUCUUAAUGAAGAAGUAAUUGCUGAACGAAAAAAAAGAUCAUCGUCUAUCCCGGUGCUAGGUCUUAUUUCAAUUGGUUCAUGUCCUUUACAUGUUAUUCAUGUUUCUUUUCGGAAAGGAUUUAAAUCCACGGUAUGGUUUAUUGAUGAAUCAAUUAAUGAUAUUUGGUUUUGGUUUUCUCGAUCUUCUGCUCGUCGGGAAGAUUUUAUAUCAGCUGCGAACAGUAUUAAUGAAACUUAUUCUCGUUUUCUUUCUCGUUUUGUUGUUACUCGGUGGAUUGAAGUAGGUCCCGUGAUCGAGCGUAUCAUCGAUCAAUGGAAUAUUAUUAAAGAAUAUUUUCUUACAUAUCUUCCAACAAUCGAUAAAAAAAUUGAAUCAAAUGAUAAAUAUGUCCGAAUUAAAAAUUUUAUAACUGAUAAAUCGACUCUUGCUAAAUUUCAUUUUAUUCUUUUCCUCUAUCAAACAGUAUUUAAAAGAGAACUUGUCUGGUUGCAGCAAGAACAACCAUUGAUUCAUUUAUUAUAUGGUGAAUGUUGCAACUUGUUACGUAAUAUUAUGUUGUCAUUUGUCAAAGAAGAACUUUUACAAGAUAAAGAAGGUAGUGAUUUGUUGUCUGUUUCUUUCGAGCUUCAAAAUAGUCAAAAAAAUAAUGUAAAUAUCGACAUUGGUGAAACUACUCGAACAUAUAUUAAAGAUUUAUCUGUUAGUGAAAAAACAAAUUUUUUUCAUGAUAUUCGUCAAGUAUAUUGUACUAUGACAAAGGAACUAACUAAAUCAUUACCACUUAAGAAUGAUUUUUUACGACAUCUCCAAUGUCUUCAACCUUUAGCUCGAAAAGAAGAAUCUUCUCGAACAAGUAUCAUGUACCUGUCACGACAUGUUCCCCAUUUAUUAACCAAUGAAGAGGUGGAUCGACUUGGUGCUGAAUGGCGUGUUUAUCAAAUGGCUGAUAUACCAGAAGAAUGGUUUAGAAAAAGUACAGUUUCUUCGGACAAUAUUAUUGAAUAUUUACCUAUUGAUAAAUAUUGGUAUCAAAUAUUUUCUACUACUACAUCCAUUGGUACACCACAAUAUGUAGUAUUAACUAAGCUCGUGAAAUGCUUGUUAUCUUUAUCUCAUGGAAACAGUGAUGUUGAAAGAGGUUUCUCCGAAAACAAUCAUCUUGUAUCAGAAGAUCGUUCAUCAUUAAAUGAAGUAUCUAUUAAUGGUUUACGAGCUACGAAAACUGGUGUUAAAUUUUUUGGUAGUGGUAAAGUUCAUGUAGUUCCAACAACGUCUACUUUGCUUUCAAACGUGAAAGAAGCUUAUUCACGUUAUACAAAAGACAAUGAACAGCAACAGAAAUUAAUUAAAAGUACAGAUGUUAUUAAUGGAAAACGAGGUCCUGAUGCCGAACAUGAACUAUUAGAAGAAAAAGAAACUCAGUUGAUAAAUGAACAAAAGAAUUUACAAGAAGAAUUGACUAAAGCGACUAAUAUGUUGGAGGAAGGGACCACAAGACUUGCUGCAGCUAUGAAAAAUAAAAAAUUUGAUGAUAUAGGUAUAGCCGAAGUACUGGUAACAGCUGCUAAUGCUAAAUUAGCUGCUCUAAAAACUAAAUUAAUUGAAAAUAAUGAGAAUUUGAACCGAUUACGAAAAAAACAGAAAAAAUGA